AACUCAGGAGAAGGGAAAUGGACGGGAAGAUGUACAGCCUACGAGAAAGAAAGGGCCGUGUGUACCAAGAGGUCAACGAGCUCCAGGAUGAUGACUACCUUUAUUGUGACAAGUGUCAGAACUUCUUCAUCAACAGCUGUGCUGUACAUGGGCCCCCUACAUUUGUAAAGGACAGUGCAGUGGACAAGGGGCAUCCCCACCGCUCAGCCCUCACCCUGCCCCCUGGGUUGAGAAUCGGGCCAUCGGGCAUCCCUGAGGCUGGGCUUGGAGUGUGGAAUGAGGCAGCUGAUUUGCCUGAGGGUCUGCACUUUGGCCCUUAUGAAGGACACAUCACAGAAGACGAAGAGGCAGCCAAGAGCAGAUACUCCUGGCUGAUCGCCAAAGGGAGAAACUGCUAUGAGUAUGUGGAUGGAAAGGACAGAUCCUGGGCCAACUGGAUGAGGUAUGUGAACUGUGCCCGGGAUGAUGAAGAGCAGAACCUGGUGGCCUUUCAAUACCACAAGCAGAUUUUCUACCGAACCUGCCGGGUCAUCAGGCCAGGCUGUGAGCUGCUGGUCUGGUGCGGGGAUGAGUAUGGCCAGGAGCUGGGCAGCAAGUGGGGCAGCAAGUGGAAGAGAGAGAUCGCGUCCGGGAGAGGUGGGCACCACUGUUCUACAAAACAGAAAGAAGAGAGAGAAUUCUCCAUAGAAAUAUUCAUGAUCCAACUCUUAACUCCUUCUGACCGCCCAUUGGCGGGCAGGCCCUGGGAUCCCAGCACUGAUUGGCGGAUUGUGCCCACGCGGCUACAGGAUGGAACCUCCUCCCCAGGGCUGGAGGCCCGGGAACUCCGAGAGGAUCCUCCGCGCGCGCGGUUCCUGCGCCGCCACAGGCCCGCCCGGCCGACGGGCCCCUCAGACGCCCGGGCUGCGGCCUCCGGAGCCCGCCCUGAGGCGGCGCGCGGAGGGAAGGGCGGGAACAAGUGGGGGGGUCCCUGCGGGCGCCCCCGCAGGCGGGUCUGCGGGCAGCUCGGCCCAUCCAGCCCCGCUGUCCCCCUCUCCGGGCGCCCUGCCCUCGGGGAGAGAGGCCGGUACCGGGACGUGAAGAGGAACUCGGUCGCGCUCACCAGCCCAGGCAGGCGGCCCACCGAGCUCCAGGAGGAGGACGACCCUGAGGACUCCGAUGAAGAACGGGCCCCGAGGCAGCACGUAUCGUGA